GCUGUGUGGUGUCCUCGUACCCUUGCGCUUUCGUCCUUCAGCGAGUCGCUACCCCGUGCAGCAUGUCCGGCCGCGGGAAGACCGGCGGCAAGGCCCGCGCCAAGGCCAAGUCUCGCUCCUCGCGCGCCGGCCUGCAGUUCCCGGUGGGCCGCGUGCACCGGCUGCUGCGGAAAGGCCACUACGCCGAGCGGGUCGGCGCCGGCGCGCCCGUCUACCUGGCGGCGGUGCUCGAGUACCUGACGGCCGAGAUCCUGGAGCUGGCGGGCAACGCGGCCCGCGACAACAAGAAGACGCGCAUCAUCCCCCGCCACCUGCAGCUGGCCAUCCGCAACGACGAGGAGCUCAACAAGCUGCUGGUGUCUGCCGGGAGCGGGCCGCAGCGAGGCCCGCCCUGCCCUCGGAGCACCCGGCCGGUUCGCUCCUGUCGGGGCCGGGCCGCUGCGGAACUGCAGUUGUCCGCUCUGCGGCCGCGGGCCCACUGA